AUGAAUAAGUUGUCAUCAUUUAUACUAUUUAUACUUUUAAUUCUAUUAUUUUGUUACAAAUCACUCGAAAUUAGUGACAAAAAUUUAAUUGAUUCUUUAAAUAUAGAGAAUGUUCCAGUACCAGUAGCAUUGAAUGAUGAAGAAGAUAAACAUAUUAUAGAAAAAAGACAACGUCGUAGUAGAAGACAAAGAAGAGCAUCAAGACAAAGAAGGCAACUUCUUACUUCCUUAAGUGCUAUAAGUACACAAUUAGCAACGUUAAAUCGGCAAAUCAGUAGUCUUCAAGCUCAAGUAUCAAAUUUGGCUACUACAACUACAACAACAAUGGCACCAGCAGGAGGAGGAGGAGGACGUUAA